AUGAGCAAACCCCAUGAAUUUUUCUUUACGCCAAAAUUAUCUAAAAGCGAAAUAAAUCAGCAAACACCUAAACGAAAAAUAAAUGAAAUAUCUCCAGAAAAAACAGCAACGCAAAAUGAAGUUGGUAAAAUGUCGACAAGUGAAUUAAUAGACCUAAUGGCAAAGAUUUUUGAUGACAAAUUAAAGAAUAUGCCUACAAAAAACGAUAUUCUUGAAGUUAAAGAAAAUAUAAUGGAGGUAAAAUCAGAAGUUCGUAAAUUAGCUGAUGAAAAUAAAGUGCUGGAAGAUGAAAUAAAAAAUCUUAAAAAAGAAAGAGAAGAGGACCAAAAAAGAAUGAGACGACUGGAAGAAGCCCUUGGAAGGAAGAAAUUAAUAAUCAAAGGUCUGGAAGCCCAAAAAUCAUGCUAUAGUGCAGUCAAAAACAUGUUUAAAGAUGAUCUCAAGCUAUCAACUAAAGUGGAAAUAGAACAAACCAAAAAAAUAUUUGAAAGAAAUAACAAGAUGACGGUUAUGGUUGAAUUGAAGUCUGUUGAAAUGGUAAUGGAGAUUUUUAAGCAUGUCAAAAAUCUGAAAGGAAAACCUAUAUACAUUGAGCGUGAUCUAUGCUUAGAAAGACAAACCGAUAAAAAAAUAAUGCUUCAGUUAAAACAAUGUCUUUUAAAAGCUGACAAAAAUAAAAAAGUAACCGUUAAAGACGAUAAACUUGUGGUGGAUGAAAAACGUUUUUUCUGGAAUAAAAAUAAAAUACUGAUGUCUGGGCAAAACACUGGAGAAGAAGUUUUAAGACAGCUAUAUGGUGAGAAAGUGCGAGAUUUAAAUUUUAACUAUAAGGCAUUUUUUGAAACAAUUAAUCCAAAAAACUAA